UUGAGUCUAUUUAAAGGUGCGCGCCGGAGCCAGCGCCGCACAGUUGUCCGUUAGGGUGUGUAGCGCGUAGCGGUCAUGGCCAGCCAUCUGGAGCUCAACAACGGCGCCAAGAUGCCCACCCUGGGCCUGGGCACUUGGAAGUCCCCUCCUGGCCAGGUGACCGAGGCCGUGAAGGUUGCCAUUGACCUUGGGUACCGCCACAUUGACUGUGCCCAGGUGUACCAGAAUGAGAAGGAGGUGGGAGUGGCCCUCCAGGAGAAGCUCAAGGAGCAGGUGGUGAAGCGCCAGGAUCUCUUCAUCGUCAGCAAGCUGUGGUGCACGUUCCACGACAAGAGCAUGGUGAAAGGAGCCUGCCAGAAGACGCUCAGCGACCUGCAGCUGGACUACUUGGAUCUCUACCUGAUUCACUGGCCAACAGGCUUCAAGCCUGGGCCUGAUUAUUUCCCACUGGAUGCAUCAGGAAAUGUGAUUCCCAGUGACACCGAUUUUGUGGACACUUGGACGGCCAUGGAACAGCUGGUGGAUGAAGGUUUGGUGAAAUCGAUUGGUGUCUCCAACUUCAACCCUCUUCAGAUUGAGAGGAUCUUAAACAAACCUGGCUUAAAAUACAAGCCUGCAGUUAAUCAGAUCGAGUGUCACCCGUACCUAACUCAAGAGAAGCUGAUUGAAUACUGCCAUUCCAAAGGCAUCGUGGUGACUGCAUACAGUCCCCUUGGCUCUCCUGACAGGCCCUGGGCCAAGCCCGAAGACCCUUCUCUCCUGGAGGAUCCCAGGAUUAAGGAAAUUGCAUCCAAGUACAAUAAAACUACAGCCCAGGUGCUGAUCCGCCUCCCCAUACAAAGGAACUUGGUGGUGAUCCCCAAGUCUGUGACUCCAGCACGAAUUGCUGAGAACCUGAAGGUCUUUGACUUCGAGCUGAGCAAGGAGGAUGUGGCCACUCUACUCAGCUACAACCGGAACUGGAGGGUGUGUGCCUUGAUGAGCUGUGCUAAACACAAGGAUUACCCGUUCCAUGCCGAAGUGUGAAGCUGUGGAUGCCUGCUCUCCCCCAGCGACUUGUGCCUGUUCUUCCCGCUUCAUCUGUCCUUGCAGGUGCAGUGUGGCCUGUGUCCCUGCACUGGGUGAAACCUUGAGGUUCAGACAACGAGGGUCUGUUAGUCUGACAUAGGCCCUGGAGAGCAUUCUCAAUAGCUGACGGGUUUCCUUCAGCCGUUCUUACACCUCCCACCCCCACCCCCCCACCAGAACGUUUAACACAAGAACCCUUUCCAACCAAAGAGAAGCAAGAUUUAUAGUCCAAGUAGUGCCACUAACAGUUAAGUGCUCAGAGCUGUAGUCCUUUCGGUCAGACUUCUUGCCUCAAAUAAAAACUGCUUUUGUGAAUUU